AUGCCUGACUUUUCUCGAGACGACCGCAUGCCUCCUAUAUCUCAGAGCUCUAUUCCUUCUGCUUCGCAUACUACUACUCCUCGAGAGCGCCGCUUCUCCGGUCCUAGUGAUUCUGGCACCAAGCCGGCUCGUUAUCCCGGUGUUUAUCAGCGUCCGCCACCUGCGGACUACUACAGGGCACCAUCGCCCCCUCCCCAGUCGUAUCGUUGGCCUCCGGCGCCACCAUUGGAUGAGCCAAAUUACCCAUCUAGGUCUCAUAGCAGCUAUCAUCGCGACUCAUGGGACUAUAGGUAUCGUGAUGCCAGCGUAGGAAUAUCAGCGCCAUCAUACCAGUCCAGUCGUACGCCUCCUCCUUUUCCGGAAUGGGGACACACUCACCCCGAAAGGGGCUGGUCCCCUGGAUUUGGUCCCGAAGACUCCCGGUAUGCACGCCGCGACUGGGAUGAUCGUGAGAGCAGCCAAAUCUACAACCAUGCAUGGGAUCGUCCGCCUUCUCCGGGUCCGCCUCCACCACGAGACUGGCAGCCUGGCCUAUAUGACCGCCCAUCCUCUGGUCAACCGCGCGGUUCACCGUCGUUAAUGCAUGAACCUGGUUGGCGCGAGCCAGUACCGCAUUACGAUCGCGACAUGCGUGAGGAUUGGAUACCUCCUCCCGACGAUUGGAGGGCCGAAGACCCUUACUUGCCGCCUGAGGAUCCUUAUAUAAAUGACCCACCGCCACCUAGUGUGCCAUACGGACCACCCAGGGCGCGCGGUCGUUCGUUUGCGCAAGAGCGCCGUAUGCCACAGCCACCACCGUCUGGAUACCACCCCCCGGCCAAUCAACUCUCCCCCAGGGGACCAACCCAUUUGCCAUUGGAUAAUCCGAACCGACGUCACUCUCAACAUGACCGGCGAUACAGCGGUGGGCCGGGGUAUUCUGGCGAUGGACGGGGAUAUGUUCCGCACAAUGGCAUUCGGCGAUCAUACCAAUCAGCGCGUGGUUCAUUCAACGAUUCUCAUGGUCUACAAAAUCGAGGUGCGAAGAUUGUACCACGCGACCAGUUACUCAUGGCCAAUCCGUCGGUCAAAAUUGAAGAACACGAUGGGUCACUCAGUGCUACUCCUGGUCCUGCCUCUGCUGGUUCCGGUCAUCCUGAGAAGAGUUUGGUGGCUGGAAAAAGGUCUCGUACUGACUCUGUUGCGGCUGAGGCGGAACCCUCCUCCCGUCGUCCAUCUCCGUUUUCUGGUUCCAUUGCGACUACCACUACUGCUGAUCCUGCACCUGCUACUACCCGGUCAACUACUGUAGAAACUCAACUACGACCAGCUCCUACGGAGAAUGAGAAGCCUAAAGUCCAGCCUGUGGAGCCUCCUGCCCCUACUCCGAUUGAAGCCGACCUCAAAGAGCCUGAUACGACGCAAGAAAAGCGAGUAUAUGCGGAGUCAAACAGCGAUUCUCGGCCUGCUCCAACUACCACUGAACCUUCCAUUGCGCCCCCUGAACCUGCUAUGCUUAUUCCGUCUGCCAAUGAACUCCCAACGGAAGAAAUCCCUAGGCUUGCCGGCGAUACUGCACAAAAGACCGCUGAUGACGAAACCUCAAUGGAUGUUGAACCCUCUGCUUCCGAGCCUGGUCCUGUUCAGCCACAGCCUGACGUAAUCUCGGCCAACUUCUCGACCGAACAAGUUCCUAAUAACUCGGAGGCUCUUGACAUUUCUGCUGCUACGCAUGUUGAAAACGGGAACGAUGCUGGCCAUGAUGCUGAUAACGAUGCUGUUGACAAUAAUAUCGAACAAUCAGCUCCGGCUUCACCAGCCCCUGCGCCUGUCGAGGAGAACCUGAAUUUCGAGUUUCUUGAACCAGCUGAUCCAGGGGACUUGCUCAUUAAGUCUCAGCGAGAUUUCAUGGCCACCCGCCAGCUCGAAUGGGAAAAAUUCCGUGCAAAUGCCAACACUGUGCUGGCGGACAAUUUGAGGCUCGUAUCCCAAAAUGCGCGGGCUCCGGUUCUAUACGAGGAGCGGAUCAAGGUUGACAUUUUCCAUUUGCCCGGACCAAACUCUCGAGAAUACAUACGGGAUUUUUUCAAGGAUUACUUCAAGGAGCGGGAUGAUUAUGUCGAAGAAAAAGUGGGCGCACUCGAAGAACAAUAUCUCACCCUGAAUGAGGCAUGGGCACGAAAUUGCGCCAAACUCGACCUCUUGGCCGAACAACGAAGGGUCAAAGAUGCUGAAGCUGCAGCGGCCGCAGCCCAAAAUGUAGUUUCGGAACCCGUAGCUGCUCAAACGCGAUCGACUCGACGAAAUCCCGUCGUAAAUACGGGCGUAAUGGCUGACGCGGUUCACUCAGACAUGGAGAUGGAGAAAGUCAUGAGUACUAUGCGUGACGCUGCCGCGGUCGACCCCGAUUUGCUCGCUCGACCCAAUCUGGCCAAGAUUCCCGAUAUGAUUACUGUUCUCGAACCCGACGCAGAACGUUUGACUUUUGACGACGAGAACGGACAGGUUGAUAACCCCCUUGAAUUCUACGACUUCCGCGGCCGAGCGGCCGAGCAAUGGACCCCUGAGGAGCGAGCCAUUUUCAUCGAAUAUCACCGCAUACACAACAAGCGGUUCGAGAAGAUUGCUGAACAUUUACCACACAAAACCACCUCCCAAUGCGUGCAGUACUAUUAUCUCAUGAAGAAAGUCCCUUCGUUCCGAGCUCAAGUCAAGCGCGGGCAGCGCCGCCGUCUUGGAAGGGGUGGCCACCAAGGCAAGGCGAGUGCGCUUAUGGCGGAUAUCGAGAAAGAGGAAGAUGGGACCACCGCCUCGCCACGCGAAGACGAGUCCAUCGCCACCCGUCGACCACGCAGACACGCAGCUGCGGCCGCCCUUGCAGGUACUCCCCCACCAUAUGCCACUCCAACCGAGAACACCCGAGGCCGCCCACGCUCCCGCGUCGUGGAGCUCGCUCGAGGAGAUUCUUUCGGCGCAGAGCGAGACGGAACUGCCACCCCAUUGUCCAUAUUGUCAGAUUCCGAGACUGGCGGAGAAGGCCCCAAUCCUGUAGAUCUCGAUGCGAUGCUGUCUAGCCAAGUCUCUCGUAAAGGCGGGCCUGGUCGUGGGCGGCGCUGGGCUAUCAAGGGCGAGACUGCCAACGGGAAUGGGGGGUCGGUUCGACUGGAUGGAUCUGAGCCUCCCAAGAAGCGUCCGGCGACGACCAGUUACUGGACGGUAGCAGAACGAACCACUCUCAAACAGAAUUUGUUGCGUCAUGGGCGGGAUUGGAACCGGAUUGCGGCGAUUAUUCAGACCAAGACGGCGAUUCAAGCAAAGAAUUACUACUUCAAUAAUCAAAAGGAGAUGAGCGUUUAUGUAAAGGCUUGGGAGAGGGAACAGGCCAAGGGAAAUGGGGAGGUUUCUUCGAACUUGACCCCAGAAGGGAAGGCAGACGCUAGCUCAAGCACAGCUACACCUACGUCGAAUGCCAAGGACAAGAAAUCUGGCGUCACCCCUGUAACCAUUCAGCCUGCACCCGGACAGAGCACCCCAACCGCUGCGACACCUGGUUCGACUUCGCCCGGUAAAGGCUCCAGUGGCCGAGGUAGCUCUCAUUACCCAAACGUCAUUAUCCAAACUCAGCCUUCGCCGUCCGUACCGCAACAACCACAAUGGGCCAAGAACACCUUUCCUACCACAAAGACCAAGCCUCAAUAUUCCAAUCAGCCGCAAGUAAUACCUACGCCUCCUCUUCCAUUGCCAGGGCCGACGUUUCGGGCAUGGCCAGUAUCAGCUACCCCACCUGCCCCUCCGCCAAUGGGUUAUUCGUUCGGAACCUUUCCCGGGGUCUCAGGAUCAAGCGUAGCAAAGGGAAAUGGGGCUACAACCCCUAAUGUGCAGAGGACCGGUAGCGUGAGUGCGAAUGUAACUCCAAGUCCCGUCUCGAACGCCAAUCCCACCCUAACGGGGACAAACACGAACAGGGGCACGGGUGGAGCGCAGCGUACCAACGUGAAUCAUUAUCCGGGGCCGAUGCGGUACCAGCCUUACCCCGGUCCGGUGGCCAGCACCACCAACACCGUGAAUAGGGGGAAGCAGUUGAUCCCGCAUGUGUCACUCUCCAACGGGUUUGGGAAUGCUGCUCCCGCUACUGGGGCGAUUAUUACGCAUGAUGGGAAACCGGGAACCAAGAUUUCAUUGUCCAGGACAACCACAGGCAAGUUUACACAGUGGGCCGGAGACAAGGUACCCAAGUAG